GCCAUGUUGCUUUGGGGCGGAAGUAGCCGAGCCUGGGCUCGGCCCCCUUAAAGGGACAGGGACGACUCUAACCUUCCGGGCGCCCUUGGUGACAAGCAGUGAAGCAGCCGAGGCGCAGCCAGCAAGCCAAAGUCACUCCAGCUGCAGCAGAAGAGGAAUCACUCUGCCCUAACAAGAUGUGGGACACUGCCAGCUCCCUGGACAGUUUCCCUAACGCUCAUCCUACUUACUCAUUCCAGGACAGUGGUACGAGCUUUGAAUUUACCACGGGGGUCCUUCUGUGCUUUUCUAGGACUCUUAACUUUGGAAGUCAUCAGUGCUCCAUGGCUCUAGGAGGCAUGUUCAGGAAUGCAGCAGCCACCUAUUUGCACCUGGUGGGGUCCCUCCAGAGAAAGAAGGCUGGAGCUUCACUCACCCGGUACUUGCACCAGACUCUCACCAUGCGGAAACGGCUGCAGGCUCGAAGGCUGGACAGGAUUGACCACAAUCCAUGGGUGGUGUUCACCAAACUGGCCAGUGAAUGUGAUGCCGUGAACUUGGGACAAGGCUUCCCUGACUUCCCGCCCCCGGACUUCGCCGUGGAAGCGUUUCAGCAAGCCAUCAGUGGAGACUUCAUGCUCAACCAGUACACCAGGGCGUUUGGUUACCCACCACUGACGAAGAUCCUGGCAAGUUUCUUUGGGAAGCUGCUGGGCCAGGAGAUAGACCCGUUUGAGAAUGUGCUGGUAACGGUGGGUGCCUACGGGGCACUGUUCACAGCCUUUCAGGCCUUGGUGGAUGAAGGAGACGAGGUCAUCAUCAUCGAGCCCUCUUUUGACUGUUAUGAGCCCAUGACAUUGAUGGCUGGGGGUCGUCCUGUGUUUGUGUCACUGAAGCUGACCCCCACGAAGGACCGGGAACUAGAUUCCAGCAGCGACUGGCAGCUAGACCCCACAGAACUAGCCAGCAAGUUCACUUCUCGAACCAAAGCCCUGAUCCUGAAUACACCCAACAACCCCCUGGGAAAGGUGUUCUCCAAGGCAGAACUGGAGCUGGUGGCCAGCCUGUGCCAGCAGCAUGACGUGGUGUGCAUCUCGGACGAGGUCUACCAGUGGCUGGUCUAUGAUGGGUGCCAGCACAUCAGCAUCGCCAGCCUCCCCGGCAUGUGGGAACGCACCCUGACCAUUGGCAGCGCUGGCAAGACCUUUAGUGUCACUGGCUGGAAGGUGGGCUGGGUCCUGGGCCCGAAUAGCCUCAUGAAGCACCUGCGCACUGUGCACCAGAACUCUAUCUUUCAUUGUCCCACGCAGAGCCAGGCCGCAGUAGCCCAGAGCUUCCAGCGGGAGCAGCUGCAUUUCGGCCAACCCAGCAGCUACUUCGUGCAGUUCCCACAGGCUGUCCAGCGCAAGCGUGACCACAUGAUACGGAGCCUACAGUCCGUGGGCCUGAGGCCUGUGAUCUCCCAGGGCAGCUACUUCCUCAUCACAGACAUCUCAGACUUCAAAAGGAGGAUGCCUGACUUGCCUGGUGCUGUGGACGAGCCUUAUGAUAGUCGCUUCGUCAAGUGGAUGAUCAAGAAUAAGGGCUUGGUGGCCAUCCCAGUCUCCGUCUUCUACAGCCAGUCACAUCAGAAGCACUUUGAUCACUAUAUCCGCUUCUGUUUUGUGAAGGAUGAAUCCACGCUCCAGGCCAUGGAUAAGAAGCUGCAGGAGUGGAAGGAUGAACUCGGGGCCUGACGUCACCCCCAGGGCCCUGUGUCACUUGGUUGGUCCCUGUACACUUUUCAGGGUUCUGUCUUUGUCCAGGUUUUAGCCAUUCCCAAGAUGGGGGUAGGUGGUACUGGGGUCCCCCUCUCUGUGACACAGAUGUCUGUAGGGAAGAGCCCUCCUUAGUCUUGGGGCAUUCAGGAGCACCUUCCCACGGUGUCUACAAUCCUGUUUUGGAGGUGAGGGAGGCCAGACCUGGGCCUCUCCCUGCCCCUCCCUCGGUCAAGUUUUAGGGUCUUGGGUCCCCUCUGGCCUCCCCAGACUUGGCUGGCACUCAACAGGCAGAGUCCAACAGUGUACUGGCCUUGAGUCCCAGCCCUGACCCCAGCCCUGUGCUGGCCCCAGCCAAGGCUCAGGUGUUCCUCCCUUUCCUUAUCUGAACUUUACCUUAGGAAGUUGCUUCAAGCCAGUACUUUUUGCCCAUAAUAAAAUUUUAAGUUAUUCAAACACU